CUACCUUCCUCUGUGUGUUUUUAUCUGACAGCUCUGGUGGUGACAGCGCAGUGACAGAAACCCUCGCUGAUAGAAUCCGGUGUUGCGCUCUCACGGCUUCUUGUCCAGAGAGAUCUCAAUACCACUGAAGAAGAUGAUGUUGAGGCGACGGCCCUCCAAUGCCUCGGAGAAGGAGCAGGUGCAGAAGAAGAAGCUCACUCUGCAGAGGUCGAGCAGCUUCAAGGAUUUUAUGAAACACAAACCCACCUCUCCUGUCGUGUCAGAAAAGGAGUUUACCUUGGAGGAGAAUGUGGCAGACGGUGUAACAGCAGAGGAAGCAGUGAAAAGUGGCAGCAAACUCGGCAAGAAAUGGCGCAACGUCAUCUCACGUACCAUGACCCGCAAAACAUCCAAGAUGGUGCAGAAGGCUCUGGCUGAGGAGGGGGGUGAGAGCGGUGAGGAGCUGUCUCCAGUGUCCUCUGAUUGGCUUCCAGAUCUGACUGCAGGACAGAGGACGUCUGUGUGCUCCACAGGGUCAGAGGACACCAUGCCCAGCCCCAUCACCCGCCAGCUCUCAGGCAGUAGCGACAGACAGAGCCUGGACAGCGGAUACUGUCAGAGGGACAGCAUGCGGCUGGAGGAGAACGGCGUCUCUUACAACGGACCUUUCUGUGGCCGCGCUCUGGUCCACACGGACUUCACCCCCAGCCCCUACGACGUGGAGUCGCUCAAACUCCAAAAAGGAGACAUCAUCUACAUCAUUGAGAAGCCUCCUGUGGGAACCUGGACAGGGAAGCUCAACAACAAAGUGGGCUCCUUUAAGUUCAUAUACGUCAACCUGCUGCCUGAAGAGAGCCCCCCGGCCCGGAGGAGACACCGCAACAGCAAGACCGUCGGAGCCAAAUCCAAGCCCAAAACCCUGGAGGAGGUGCUGGACGGCAUCGGCCUUACUGAGCUGAGUUCUUUGCUGUCCAUGCAUGGCUUUCAGAGCGUGGAGGACUUUGCAGGACUGAGGGAGUCUCACCUCAACGAGCUGAACAUCACCGACCCAGAGCAGCGCUCCAAGAUCCUGAAUGCCUCUGAACUGCUGAGAGACUCUGAAGACGAGUCAGAGCCAGAAGAAGAAAACAGGUCUGAGGAGAAAGACAAGGAGCCGAGGGACUCGGGCUGUUUCGAGAUUUCAGAGAACCUGGAGAGCGGACGCGAGGAGCCAAAGACGGAGGAAGACCUCCAGGAUGAAGCAUCGGAGGAGCAGACAAGCCAGGAGGCAGAGAAACAUGAGCAGGAGAACCAAACAGAGCAGCUGGAUGCCGUGCAGGAGCAGCUGCAGGAGCUGACGGUGGACGAGGGAUCUUGAGAAGUGGUUAAAAAAAAAAUACUCUUUUGUUCCUGGUUGGCAUGGACUCUUUGGAUGGAGGUUUGAUGCCAUUAAACAUGUCUCUUCAUUAUAAGCGAGCGGACUGGUGACACAAUACAAGGCUGAAAUAAUGUGUGAACAUGAUGGUCGCCGUUUUCCUGCACUGUUGAGCAAGCAGCACAAUUUCUCAUCAUUUGCAACAGAAUGAACAUGUUGUAUAGUCUGAAGUUUGUUUUCCUGCUGAGGAUUUAAAGGUGUUCUUCCUCCCUGAAAUGUUUUCAUGUUGUGCACUCAGAUACAAAAAUGAAUGUAAAUUAUUUUUAACUGUUUUUCACGUAACUUGAAUUUAAAUGUAACUUUCAGCAGUUUUUCUUUUACUGGUGUUACGGGCUGCAUUACAAUCAUUUAUGUCACAUUACCAUGAAGUUGUUCGCCAUACUGUAAAUAGAAUUUGAAUAAACGAUUCAGUGAGCUGUU